UGCAACUUAACGUUUUUAUAGACAGUGUUCGAUAAUGACUAUUCUGAGUAAGAGGAUUUUUGUACAGAAGCUGAAUUUGCGAAACGAAAUGACUUUUUUUAUAAUUUAAAAGAUGAUUUUGAAGGAGUCCGACGGACUUCCUUGACACAAAAACAUGGAGUCCGAGUCUCAUUUCGAGGAGUCUCGGACCACCGGACUCCCGUUAGUGUCGAACACUGGAUUGUGUGUUUAUCAUGCUUUAAAUGGGCCUUUUCACAGAUUUUGGCAUUUUUUAACUUAUUCAUUAAAUGCUUUAUAUCGAUAAAUGUAAACAUUAGAUCGUAAAAGCUCCAGUAAAAUAAUCAAGAAUAAAAUUAAAAAAAGGAAAAGAACAUUGCCCGGACCAGGUUUCGAACCAGUGACCCCUGGAGUCCUGCCAGAGUCCUGAAGUAAAAACGCUUUUGCCUACUGAGCUAUUCCGCCGAGUACACAUACUUGACGUAUUUUAUACCUUAUAUAAGCAAUCUUCAUAGUUUCACAAAAUUUAACGACAAAAACAGAACUCUCCAAAUUAUUCAAUCGUUUCGCGUUGCAACGCUUUAUAAUUUUUAGGUUUUAAAAUCGUCAAAAGAUGCAUAUAAUGGCUAUAUUAGACCAUGGUAAAUGUUCAGUAUUACUGUUUCCUCACAAAUAUCAUAACUAAAACGAAAAUUUGCGAAUCUGAAACAACUUGUUUCAAUUUUGUCAAUUUACCAAAGCGUGAAAAGAUCCCUUUAAUGUAAACUUGAUAGUAAUACAAUAAAAUAGUGUGUUUUAAACUAAGUUUCGAUAAAAACUUGGAAGAAUAGAAGUGGAAGUGCAUAUAGUUUCAAGGUGUUUGUUAUUAACUUUGGAUUAAAGUUGUCAACUUAAUUGUUAUAAACAAUGGGUUAACGGUGUCAUUAAGAGAUCAAAGGUACCCGACGAUGAUGUCUUGUGUCCAUUUUGUGUGUCGGGAAAGACUCGACAAUUCAAGAAAGUCGGAGACCUGCGACACCAUGUUAAGAACAAACAUCCCAUAGAAAUGGAGCAUGCUCCAAAAGGUCUUUUCUCCACGAAGACGUGUUUAUAUUUCUCAAUUAAUCCACUGGAAUAUUCUAAACUGCAUGACGUGGACAAGGAAAUGUCACCGGAAGUCCAGUAUGCCAGAUAUCUCAUGGCUAAAUGGUCGACGGGUAGAAGCCCCGGAAUCGAGGAGAGGACUGGCACGUGGGAGGAAGCCCUAAACAAACCUUCCCCACGUCAACUCCUCAACAAAUCUCCCCCACGUCAACUCCUCAACAAACCUCCCCCACGUCAACUCCUCAACAAAUCUCCCCCACGUCAACUCCUCAACAAACCUCCCCCACAUCAUCUUAAACGAAAAGCCACGGACUCGUUGUUCCUUUUGGCUAUUGUUAUAACUCUCGACUCCAUUAAGGUAUUCGCAGAAUCUGUUUCUGAUGUGUUCCAAAUCCGUCUUAACAGGAAUAUUUGCACUGACCGCCGUGCCAUGGAGACUCUUAAGAGGCGCGAAUCCCUUGUUAAGGACGCCAUCGAACCCGUCGGCCGGUAGUCAACUUUUCAUGACAGUUCCCUUGUGUUAGAAGAAGUUGCCUCACUCCUUGGAAUAAGAUCGUCAUACAUACAUUCUAUCAGAAAGAAGGAUAACAUAAUCUUCAAGGCUUUCUGCAUGGCUGAUGAUGACGAUGCAAGAUCCCUCCGGUCACCGUCUCCAAUUUCUAUUCACCAUGAGGAAAUCAGCGACACAACAUCAUCUUCAUCCACUAUCAACAAGCCACUUACAACUCGACUUUCAACACCAGUACAAGAACCUGCAAGAGCAGCUACCCCCGCUACACCAUUAUUCGACGAACUUCCUGCACCCGCCCCAUUAUCCCCUUUACCUUCUGGCACUUCUACUCUACAAGUUAUUCCUCCAGCGACAUCAAACUACGCUCCACCUUCACCCCUUCAAGAUGAUCACCAAACACCUGUUCCUGCUUCUCCUCUUCAAUCCAACACACUUCAAGAUCUUCCUCCAGCAAUACCAAACUACGCUCCACCUUCACCCCUUCAAGAUGAUCUCCAAACCCCUGUUCCUGCUUCUCCUCUUCAAUCCAACACUCUUCAAGAUCUUCCUCCAGCGACACCCACUCCACUAGCCCCUAGAUGAGUUAUAUACAAUUGCCACUCCCACUCCAGCUGCCAACAUGUACAAACCUACUCCAUCUGCAGAACUGCUUAGAUUCAAAGCUCGAUUCAUGCUCGUUGACGGAAACAUGCCUCUCUUCCCUUCAGCCAAGCGAGACUGGGCAACAGUUGAAGAAGAGUCCAUACUUCUUCUACCCAAUCUUUUGUGGCCCCCCAAGAAUUGGCGAAGACUCACCCCUGAUCAGCGUCUUCUGGCUGUGGAAUUCGCCAGCAUGUCCCUUACACAGACUGAAAACCAUUCUUCACUCCUUCUUCCAGAGCGAUCGUUCUUGAUACACAACUUCCACUUUCUUGUGCUCCCCGGCUCUGCAGGCUUUCCCCUGGAUAAUAAGGCAGAGGCCCGACUCUGAACUUAUCAAUCUCUCCUGGACAUCGCGAAUGGAAAGGACCAGUCCCCGUUUGCUAAUCAGACAGAUCUUCUGAAGGCUCUAACUCCUCUCUUCAAGAAGUCUUCAACGCUCCUGGAAAAAAUCAGUCACAUUCCUGUUAGAAUGUAAAUGUUAUUUUAACGUGAAAAUUUUCAAAAUGGACUGUGUUUGUCAAGAUAAUUUGCAAACCGAAUAUAAGUGUGUACGCAUCAACAUGAUAAUACUUGUUUUGACGGACGGACGGACGGACCGACAUAAAGUGUAAUGUUGUGAAGAUUUGUUCAUGAAUUAUGGACAUUAUAUCUUGCGUGAACAUUUACUGUGGAAAUAUUCAUACUAUGAAGUUGCAUAACAUUGAAUUAUGUGCCACGGACGUUAAUGGUAAAACAGGUGUACUUUAAACAUGGAUAUUUUAUG